UUUGGGACUAUACCUUUUCCGCCCUGAUGCCCUUGUAGCUAUGGAAACGUCCACCAGCCUGUUCACCACUUCAGACCAGGCACUGCGUGUGGUGUAGCUAGCUAGAUGGUUUAUGUGUGCCAGAAUUACCGAUAAAUCAGACGUUUCAAGAUGGCGUUACAACGACUGAUGUCUUUUUUCAUCCUUUACUCGAUUCUUGGCUACAUUCCAUCACUUGGCGUAAUCCUCCGAACCACAGACAAGACUGUGUGGGCAAAUGAAUUUGAACCUAUUGAGUUGACGUGCUUGAUAGAGUCCAUCUCAACAAACAACCCCAGAAUCGAAUGGAAGAAAAUCCAAAAUGGCGUCCCUAGUUAUGUGUACUUUCAAAAUCAAAUUUCAGGGGACUUGGAGCACAGAGCCCAGCUGAUCCAGCCAGCCAACCUACUGAUCCUCAACACCAGCCGUGCAGACACUGCAGAGUACCGCUGUGAGGUCGCUGCCAUUGAUGACCACAAACACUUUGAUGAAAUUCUAAUCAGUCUUGCUGUCAGGGUAAAGCCUGUGGUGCCCAGGUGCAGUGUGCCUGUGGCGGUGACUGUUGGCACGUCCUCUGAGCUGCGCUGCCUGGAGAACGAGGGCUUCCCUGCCUCACAGUACCGCUGGUUCCGCAACAACGAGGAGCUUCCCCAGGACCCAAAGAGCAGCCCCAAGUUCAUCAACUCCACCUAUUCCAUUAACGCUGACACGGGUGGUCUGAAAUUCCGCCGGAUGAGGAAGGAGGAUGCGGGGGAGUAUUACUGCCAGGCAAAGAAUGUAGCUGGACAUGCACAGUGUCCCACACAGCUGAUGGACGUCUAUGAUGUCGACAUUGUGGGCAUUUUCCUGAAGGUGUUGGCGGCAUUGGCUGGAUUCAUUGUUAUGAUGUUGGGGGUUUGUCAUGUACAAAAACAUCACUGCUUCUCCUCCGGCAAGGAUCACACAGGAACCAACUACAAACUUCCAUCGCAGGAUGAUGGCAUUGACUAUGCCGAAGCAGAUGAGGGUCACUUCCGUCACAAAUCAUCGUUUAUCAUUUGACAUCUGAGAUCAAGGAGACACACUGAAGAGGAGACCCACUGAAGUCAAGUGUGCCAAAUCCCAUAAUGGGGCUUCGUGUGAGAAAUGUGAGCUGUAACAUUUCACAUGAACCAACAAGCUUGCCUAUCAGAAAGCAAAAUUGAAAUAAUGAUUGAUCUUUUUCAUUAUGAUAACUUUGGCAACUGUAACGUCAUGUCCCUAUUAGUACACUGUUUACUUUUUUUUGUAGCACAUAUGUAUUGCCCUCAGUCAUUACUGUAACUACAAUUACAGUACUUAAAAAAUUAAAAAAAUAUUAAUGCUG